AGCGCCGGACGUAGCCGCCCGACAGGCAUGAGCUAGGAGCUCCGGAGAGAGAGAUUGCUGAGGGGGCGGCAGGCCCCGGCACCGGGAUCUGGGGCCUCAGGGUCCCUUCGCCGCCCACCUGCGCGCGUGAAACCUGGGCCCAGCCAGCGGUGGGCGACACCCAAUGUAAUGCGGAGAAUUUUAGAGGCUGAGCAGGGCGGCGGGGAGCAGGUGGCGUGGGAGAGGGCGGGGGCAAGGUAGAUAGCGGGAGAAAGUGGACCAGGAUCAGGGGUGGGGGGCAGGUGGGAGAAAGGAGAAUAGGCAAAGAAGGGGCAGUGACAGAGAGGGGGAGAGAAGGAGCGUGAGAGCACCCGGCUGCUGGUGGCAACGCGGGUGGGGAAGAGGGACUGGGAGCCUCUGGGUGCGAGCACCCGGAGUUGGCCACCCGGGUGGAGAGCGCGUCCACAGCCGCGGCCUGGUGGGGCGUGGUGGCAAAGCAGGGACACCGGAAGGGCUCACUCUGGAAGUGGCAGGGGACCUGAGGUGGGGUCAGGCAGGAAGGGAACUCAGGUUUGCUCUGCAGGGGCUGAGCUCUGGGGAUCCGGAGGGCCGGGGCACCAGGCCCUUGGGUGCAGUGGCGGGAUGCGCGCGCUUGCGCUUGCGCUUGCGAUCUCUCCGGCUCGGAGGAAACGCGCGUUAGGGAUUCUGCUGCCAUCGCAGCGUGGAGGGCAGCUGGCAGGAGCAGACGCGCAAGAGGCGUAGGGGCCCUCCCGCGCACACGCACACGCACACGCAGCGCGCGACCACUGUGGUCGCGCGUGCACACACACCCUUUCUGCUCGCUCAUCGCUGCUGCCAUAAUCUCGGAGCCGAGCCUUGCGGAGCGGGAAGUAGAAAGGAGGAGAGCCGGGGAUGAAGCCCCGGAGCGGAGCUGAGCUGAGUGCGGACUGCGUGCCCAGGACGCCUCCUGUACCCAUAGGCCCUGAGCCUCUGGUGCCCACAGACAAAGAGGGCAACUGAGUCAAGCCCAGGCUGACCCCCAGCCCAGCUGCACACCGCAAACUCCUGCCCAAUCUGAGGGAUCCCAAGACCAUGUCCUGUUUGUCCUGAGUCUAUGGGGCCACAGAGCCUCCCACAGGCAUUUCAGAGCUCUGGCCCUCUCCAGCUCCUGGACCAGGUUCCAAACAUCCUUCUCACCCCAGCCUGCAUCAACGGGACUCCUCAAGCUUCAGAACUCACCAGGACACAGUAGUAGUCACGUGCAUGCUAGGACCACGACGGACAGGCCGCCGCUCCCUCAGCCCCCAGAGGCUGGUCUGUUUGCCUCCUGGCACCAUCUGACUCAGGUAAGCAAGAGGAUGCUGACAGGGGGCGAGAGGAGCAUGCCCAGCCCCCUCCUGGCCUGCUGGCAGCCCAUCCUCCUGUUGGUGCUGGGCUCAGUGCUGUCAGGCUCAGCCACAGGCUGUCCACCCCGCUGCGAGUGCUCUGCCCAGGACCGUGCGGUGCUCUGCCACCGCAAGCGCUUUGUGGCUGUGCCUGAGGGCAUCCCCACCGAGACCCGUCUGCUGGACCUGGGCAAGAACCGCAUCAAAACGCUCAAUCAGGAUGAGUUUGCCAGCUUCCCGCACCUGGAGGAGCUGGAGCUCAAUGAAAACAUCGUGAGCACUGUGGAGCCUGGCGCCUUCAACAACCUCUUCAACCUCCGAACACUGGGGCUCCGCAGCAACCGUCUGAAGCUCAUCCCCCUGGGCGUCUUCACUGGCCUCAGUAACCUGACCAAGCUGGACAUCAGCGAGAAUAAGAUCGUCAUCCUGCUGGACUACAUGUUCCAGGACCUGUACAACCUCAAGGCGCUGGAGGUCGGUGACAAUGACCUAGUCUAUAUAUCCCACCGCGCCUUCAGUGGCCUCAACAGCCUAGAGCAGCUGACACUGGAGAAAUGCAACCUGACUUCCAUCCCCACCGAGGCACUGUCCCACCUGCACAGUCUCAUUGUCCUGAGGCUUCGGCACCUCAACAUCAAUGCCAUCCGGGACUAUUCCUUCAAGAGGUUGUACCGGCUCAAGGUCUUGGAGAUCUCCCACUGGCCAUACUUGGACACCAUGACACCCAACUGCCUCUAUGGUCUCAACCUGACAUCCCUGUCCAUCACACACUGCAAUCUGACUGCUGUGCCCUACCUGGCUGUGCGUCACCUGGUCUAUCUCCGCUUCCUCAACCUCUCCUACAAUCCCAUCAGCACCAUUGAGGGCUCCAUGUUGCAUGAGCUGCUACGGCUGCAGGAGAUCCAGCUGGUGGGUGGGCAGCUGGCUGUGGUGGAGCCCUAUGCCUUUCGUGGCCUCAACCACCUGCGUGUGCUCAACGUCUCUGGCAACCAGCUGACUACACUGGAGGAGUCCGCCUUCCACUCAGUGGGCAACCUGGAGACGCUCAUCCUGGACUCUAACCCGCUGGCCUGUGAUUGCCGUCUCCUGUGGGUGUUCCGGCGCCGCUGGCGGCUCAAUUUCAACAGGCAGCAGCCCACAUGUGCCACACCUGAGUUCGUCCAGGGCAAGGAGUUCAAGGAUUUCCCUGAUGUGCUCCUGCCCAACUACUUCACCUGCCGCCGUGCUCGCAUCCGGGACCGCAAGGCCCAACAGGUAUUUGUGGAUGAGGGUCACACGGUGCAGUUUGUGUGUCGGGCAGAUGGUGAUCCGCCGCCCACCAUCCUCUGGCUAUCGCCUCGCAAGCACCUGGUCUCUGCCAAGAGCAAUGGGCGGCUCACAGUCUUCCCUGAUGGCACACUGGAGGUGCGCUAUGCCCAGGUGCAGGACAAUGGCACAUACCUGUGCAUUGCAGCCAACGCAGGUGGCAACGACUCCAUGCCCGCUCAUCUGCAUGUGCGCAGCUACUCGCCCGACUGGCCCCAUCAGCCCAACAAGACCUUCGCCUUUAUCUCCAACCAGCCAGGCGAGGGAGAGGCCAACAGCACCCGAGCCACCGUGCCUUUCCCCUUCGACAUCAAGACCCUUAUUAUCGCCACCACCAUGGGCUUCAUCUCCUUCCUGGGCGUCGUACUUUUCUGCCUGGUGCUGCUAUUCCUCUGGAGCCGGGGCAAGGGCAACACGAAACACAACAUCGAAAUUGAGUACGUGCCACGCAAGUCAGAUGUGGGCAUCAGCUCCACCGAUGCACCCCGAAAGUUCAACAUGAAGAUGAUAUGAGCAUGGGGUAGGGCUUCCUCCCUAGCUCCGUGCCACCCGUCCCUGGCCCCCACUCCUGCCCUGGGCUGCCCCACUGGCCCUCACUGCCUCCCAUCUCUCCACCAGGACCUCAGAAGCCUGGGCCUGGGGAACCCAAUGCACAGGGCCACACAUGGACAUACUAGAGUCGGAAACUGAUGGAGCAACAUGCAGAAGUCAGUAAUCCAAUUUAAAAAGUUACAAACUUCCUCUGUAACUUGGGUUUCAAUAAUUAUGGAUUUUUAUGAAAACUUGAAAUAAUAAAAAGAAAAAAACUAUUUCUAUAGCUAGUCGGAAUGCAAACUUUUGACAUCCUGAUACUCUAGGGUCCUCUUCCAACUCAGUUUCUAGUUUUUAUCUUCCUCCUUUUCCUCCUUUCUCUUCUCUCCCCCUGUGGGGAGGGAUAACUCAGGAAAAUGGGAAAGGAGGUUUCAGCCUCAUGCACCUGCCCACCCUGCCGGGGCAGCCUCCUGUAGGAGCAGGCAGAGUGGCAGUUGUGGGCUCACCUCCCAUCUGGCUGUUUGCUGGGAGCGGGUGGAGGGGACAGGGCUGCCAGAUGGGGGCAGAGCUGUCUGCUGAGCUGCCAGGGUUCAGAGGCCUGGUCGGGUGUGGCUGAUACUCUGGACAGGAACUGGGGUCCUCCUGGAGGACAACAUAGUCAGCCGGGAAAGCCAGGGGCAGGGACAAGGCCUAACUUCUAGUCCCAGCUGUGCCACUGACUUGCUGCGCAGCCACAGACAGGUCAUUGACCCUCAGUCUCCACAUCUGUACAAAUGGAAGCAUUAUUCCCUGCCCUGCCUACCUCACAGGGCUGUUGUGAGGAAUUGAUGAGAUGUAUGUGAAACAUUUUGUAACCUGUAAAGUGCUGUGCACACAUGUGGGUGACUGUU